ACCCGUACUGUCAAAAUGUCGAACGCUCUGAAAUUUGUAUUGGACCCAGCUUUUUCUGGAUUAGACAUAGUAAAGGAUAAAAUAAACUCAGUAUGUCAGAACUUACAACCAUGGCAGGUAGUCCUUUACACAUGUGGUACUACAGUUGUUGUUAUAUCUGUCAAGAAUUUUAUAUUCAAUGAAGAAGAAGAUCUUGUACCUCGUAUGAAAAAGAAAUUCUUCAGACUUGUCAAAAUGAUUCCACUAGUGAAGAAGAAAAUAAAGGAAGAGAAAACCAAAAUGUCUUAUGAAAUGGAAGAGUCAUUCCACAAACAAGUGGAAGGUUACAUCUUAGCUCUUCCUGCUAAAGGAUUGCCAAUGGACAGUGUUAUAGAUGAAUUAAAGAAAUACAAGCAGAUUGCUGAGAUUGAUUGGGAGUCAGGACUAGUAUCUGGUACAGUAUAUAAUGGAGACCCAAAACUUACAGAUUUAAUGUCAAAGACAUAUGGGAUGUUUGCUUGGACUAACCCGCUACAUGCUGAUGUCUUUCCUGACAUAAGGAAGAUGGAAGCUGAAGUAGUCAGGAUGUGUUGUUCUAUGUUUAAUGGAGAUUCAGACACUGCUGGAACAAUGACAUCUGGUGGAACAGAGAGUAUAUUAAUGGCUUGUUUAGCAUACAGAAAUAUAGCCAGAGAAAGAGGUGUAAAUAUACCAGAAAUUAUUGCACCAAUCACAAUCCAUGCAGCUUUUGACAAGGCGGCAUCAUAUUUCCGAAUGAAGUUAACUCAUAUACCUAUAGAUGAAGAAACUAGGAUGGUUGACAUCAAGGCUAUGAGAAGAGCUAUAAAUAAAAACACAUGCAUGCUAGUUGGAUCAGCACCAAAUUUCCCUCAUGGCAUUAUUGACUCUAUAGAGGAAAUCUGUCAGUUGGGAUUGAAGUACAAUAUACCAGUCCAUGUGGACUGCUGUUUAGGUGGAUUCUUGGUGCCUUUUAUGGAAAAAGCAGGGUACAAAAUUCCAAUGUGUGAUUUCCGUGUAGAUGGAGUGACAAGCAUAUCAGCUGACACACAUAAGUAUGCAUUUGCCCCUAAAGGUUCAUCAGUUAUUUUGUACAGAAAUAAAGACAUAAGACAGAGACAGUUCUUUGUACAACCAAACUGGCCUGGUGGAAUCUAUGCUACAUCUUCUAUGGGAGGUAGUAGAGCAGGUGCUAUCAUUGCCGCAUGCUGGGCUACACUUGUUUACUUUGGUGAAGAAGGAUAUGUUAAUUCUACAAGAAAAAUAAUCGCCACAACUAGAAAAAUUACAGAUGGGUUAAGAAAAAUCAAAGGAAUGAAAGUAUAUGGUGAUCCACUGAUGUCAGUAAUAGGCUUUGGUUCAGAUGAGUUCAACAUCUUCAGACUUGCUGAUUAUAUGACCAGUAAAGGAUGGGCAUUGAAUUCAUUGCAGUACCCUAACAGUGUACAUUUAUGUGUAACAUUUGUACAUACACAUGAAGGUGUAGCAGAAAGGUUCCUUGGUGAUGUACAAAAGGGUGUUAUAGAAAUUUUGAAGGAUCCAAACUCAGAAAUUGGAGGAAUGGGUGCUAUCUAUGGAAUGGCUCAGACUAUCCCAGACAAAUCUAUGGUUACAGAAUUAGUUGGAUGCUUCUUAGAUGCUCUUUACAGUACAGAAAAACAUUAAAAUUUUUCUGUGAUGUUAUAAUACUCACAUGAUUAUCUUUGAUAUUAUAGUGGAUAUAGUCCAGAUGUUAUACCAUUUAUGUAUUUUGAGAGAUUUUGGUGCCAAGUUUACUACUUUUCUCAUAGCCUUGCCAAUUUACAUGUUAUCGUGAUAUUUGAGAUACUUUUCACAUGUAAAUGGCAAAAUCAUGCGUGUUAUUUACCAUGUGACUGCAUGAUGGAUUUGUUUUAUAUAAUAUAAAUGCUGCCAAACAGCAUAUAUCUGCUUUUCAGAAGAACUGUAUCUCUGGAUUUGCACUUUAUUGUUUUCUCUAAUUCUUCAUGAUUUAUUUAUAUAUUUUUAAUUGUUGUUUUUUUAUUUAUUUAUUUCAUAAGAGUUUAGUUAUUUUUUAUCUCUUGAAAAAGUAUGUUGAUGUUUAUUUAAAUUAUCAACUAGAAUCGUAAGGUAAAAAUAUUCUACAAAAGCAUCAUGUUAGGUGCAACAUUUCACCAUUAUUGCUAGUCAAAUUAUCAAACCGCUUGGCAAGUCUUGCUUAUUAGAAUUUGAAAAUAGAACUGUGUUACGUUCAGAAAUAUUACAUUUUGUAGUGAUAGAAUUUGUAUUUCCAUAUUCUUUUUAUAAAAGUUUAAUUGUCAAUUACAAGUAUAGUAUUACCAACCUAUUUACCUCCCUUUUAUGCCUGUCUCACUUCUGUUGUUAAUUUUGAAUUAUUGUAAAAAUACGUAAAUUAUAACUGAUCUAAUUUGAAUUCUAUACAUAAUUAAUUGCAAUACUUGAAAAAAGACAAGUACAAAUGAAUACAGAAUGUGUUAUAUAAUUUUCUGGGUUAUAUGGAAUCAUGAAGUAAAUGAUUUCAAUCAUAGACAUUGUAAAUAGGUAGACCACAAAAUUUAAUAUUAUGAAAUAUUUUUUCCAAGUAAAUUUUCAAAUGAUUGAUAGAUUGUCGUUAGCCCACUUCAAAAUGGUAAUUGAUUUAAUAACUUGAUUCUUGUGUCAGUAUGCAUGAAUUUACUUUCAUGCAUUUAUUUUAAAAAUGGCUAAUAUUAUAGAUAAUGCACAUUUCUCAUUUUUUGUUAAUAUAUACAGCCUAAGAAUAGAUUUUAUGUUUAAAAAAAUGUUUAAUAGUAAUCAAACAGCAAAAUAAAAUGUCAUAUUAGAAAUUUUUUGUCAGCCAUCAAAUCAAGUUUGUAAAGUAACAAAAUCUUCUGCAAGCUUUUAAAUUUAAAAUGGCAUACAUUAAGAUUAUAUCAAUGUUUUAAUUUGUUUAAAU